AUCCGACAGCGGUAUUUGAGCUGAGAUUGAACUUGGAUUUGACUAUGAGCAACUCACUCAUGCGCACUUUUGAAUCUCGUCCAUUGGAACAGUCGAAGGCCAAGGAAGGACUGUUGCCUGCUCACAAAGAUGAAGAUUAUCUGGAGAGUGACGCUAGCGCUUUGCAAGCCAUCGAGGAAGGACGCCGCUUAUAUGUAGGGAAUCUUCCCUAUAUGGCGAAGAAACAGGACGUCCAGGCAUUAUUCGAAGGAGAUGGUUACACCGUAAGGGAGGAAGCCAAUCGUGCAAUGGCAGACCUCAACCAGCGCGACUUUUUGGGAAGACCAGUGAAGAUUGGUCCAGGCAAAGCCAGGAGGCCGAGGCCGCAUCCGUCGCCGAAAAUCUUCCCGCUCGUUUUCGAAGGCUGGCGCGAAUCGAAUGCCUCAGAUCACUGGGAAGGAUAUGCAGCUCAAGGGAAGCGAUUGUACGUCGGCGGGCUGCCGACUAUGGCUUCUCAUCGCGUCCUCAAUGAGAACAUUCGUGAGCUUUUCCGCGGCUUUCAAUUGGAGGCUGUGAGCAAGAUGAUUUCCCCACCCGUCCACAGGCCAGGUCCGCGCAACCAUUUUUAUGUCUUCGUGGAUUUUACGAAUGCCACGGAGGCGGGAGAGGCGGCGAAAAAGCUGGACGGUACUUUGGCGUUUGGGGGUAGAAUUCGGGUAAGUAGAGCCAAAGAUAAUAGCAACUCACGGAAGGUGGGUGAGAGAGCAAGAUGGGAGGAAGAGCAACAGAGGAAUAAUUUCCCAGCAUUGGAGCACGAUAAGAAUAAUCCGGAGUAUGAUUGAAGUGUAUAUACA